CUGCUCUCCAAUGUUCCCCGAAAUCGUGGAAAUGACACAAAACCACUUGGGCAGAGCAAGAACCGCUACGCAGCGCGCUACCGCAUAAUAUCUGCUGCGUCCUCUCUGAAUUCAGGCUGAAACCACGCUCAAUGCUUGUUUAGCAUGGUACCGGCCGCAAAGAAAGGACAGGCACCGGUGAUAAGCACAUGCUUGUCGAGGGUCAGCAUGUGGAGAGGCGAGAAGACGAGGCCAAGGUGCUCGAGCAUUACCGCAAUCCCGUCGCUUUGGUUGAUAAUAAGGUUAGCGUGACGGAGAGGGGUUCGAUAGUCGACAUUUUAGCGUGCGGGGACAGCUCUGGUCGUGGGACAGUGAUGUCCAAAACAGCCGCCUUAUUAAUAUACGUCUCGGUGGCCGUCAUGUUGAGUACGGCGUCGAACAUGUACCACGCAGCCUCUGCUACUCCGCAUCGUCAGUGAUGCCGGC